AUGGUGGACAGCACGCAGAUCCUGCUGCUAGGCCUUGUCGCCGCGCUGGGGUACAUGACUUACCAUGGACUGCGACGGGAUCCCCGAGAGCCGACUUUUCUGCCAAGCAAGAUUCCAGUGGUCGGCCAUGCACUGGGUAUGCUCUGGAACGGUCUCCCAUACUGGGGGCGAAUGGCGAAUGAAAAUACUGGAUUUCCAAUCUUCACCUUGGAUAUGUUUUUCAUGAAGGUCUACGUCAUUUCUUCUACUGAGAUUGUUCGUCUUAUCCAGCGAAAUGACAAAACGGUCUCAUUCGAUCCGCUUUUGAAUAUUAGCACGGUGAAUUUCUCCGGUAUCAAGAAUAAGCGGACUCUGCACCUGAUGCUGGACAAGCAGUCUGGAGGCGAAGGUCUCAAUGCCGAGAUUAUGCAUGCCAUGACCCCUACACUUAUUGGAGAGCAUUUGGAUAGAAUGAACUCCAUCAUGAUGCGAACCGUCGAGCGUUCGAUCAGCGCGUUGGAAAAAUCUACCGAUUUUGAUCUGUAUCGGUGGCUGCGAAACAUCGUUACUGCUGCGAGCACGGAGGCAACCUACGGGCCCAAGAACCCCUACAAAGAUCCUGAAAUUGUUGAUGCAUUUUGGGAUUUUGAGUAUAAUCUCAACAGCCUACUUCCAAAUUUCCUGCCCUGGCUCACAGCACGCAAAGCUUAUAAUGGCCGGGGCAAGGUCGCUCGUGCGAUCUAUGAGUACCUUGAGCAGAACGGCAUUGAGGGUGCAUCGGAACUGGAGAGAGUCCGAUACACCAAGUCCAUGGAGCGGGAGAUCAGCCAUGAAGAUUUUGCACAACUUGAAGUUCCAAUGCUGAUCGGGCUUGUUUCGAAUACUGUACCCGCAUUAUUCUGGGCCCUGUUUGAGCUGUAUUCACAGCCGGAGCUACUCGAUGAAAUUCGGGAAGAGAUCAAGCAAAAUGCACUAUCCGUUUCGGAGAAUGGUACAUAUAGAGUCGACAUCACUGCGAUCAAAGAGCGCUGUCCUUUGACCUUGUCCACAUACCAGGAAAUCCUGCGCUGGCGCACGACCACAACGCCGACUCGCAUGGUCGUCAAAGAUACAAUUCUGAGCGACCAGUACCUCCUCAAAGAAGGGUCUUUCGUUAGCAUGCCCGGAAGCACACUAGGCAGACGGCCUGAUGUGUGGGGAGAGAGCGCAGGCGUCUUUAACCCGCGGCGAUUCAUGAAGCCCGACCCGUCCAAGGAUGAAUCACGAAAGAACGAAAGGCGACGUACAGGCGGCUUCAUGCCGUUUGGUAUCUCGCCGAUCAUCUGUCCCGGUCGUCACUUUGCUAGCUCUGAAGUGCUUGGUAUCUCGGCUAUGAUGAUCAUCCGGUAUGAUCUCGACCCUGCUGGCGGGGUCUGGAAGGCUCCGUCGACAGAUACCAUGUCUAUGGUUUCCAUUAUGGGUGCUGUGAAGGGCGAGUUUCCUGUUAGUAUCAGAACGAGACAAGAGUACCAGGGGACUAAGUGGGGAUUUCAUUGCGAAGAAGGCAAGGGACAAUUCACGUUGGCUGUGGGGUGA